AUGCAGCCCUCCGCACGAAUAGCCCUCCGCCUGGCGUCGAGGAGGCCGCUCCUGUCGUCCUCGACCGCCGUCCUGCCUCGCCAGAUCCACUCCACGCCCACCACCCCGGCCACCGUCUCCCCGAUCCACGGCUCCGGUCCGCCGCCGGAGCCUCCCGUCCCAGCAGCCGACAGCGUGUCGCAGCGCCUCGCGCGACGCAAGAAGCAGGCCGCGCUCCUGAGCGCCGCCCAAGAGAUCCGCGCCUCCACCAGGAACAAGUCCGGCCAGUCGCAGCCCCUGCGCAAGCGCUUCUGGAAGGAUGUCUGCGUCCGCGAGGUCGACGGCGCAUGGGAGGUCCACCUCGACGCCCGCCCGCUGCGCCACCCGACCACCAAGGAGAUCGUCCGCCUGCCGCUGAGCAAGCCGAUGCUCGCCAGCGCAAUCGCGCUGGAAUGGGAUAUGCUCAUCUCGGCUCAGCAGGCGACCAAGUCGCACCUGAUCCCGUUAACGAGCUUGGUAUGCAGGGCAAUUGACAUUGCCGAGGAAGAUGCGGCGCCGCCCAAGAACGACUCUUCGGUGGGCGAGACGAUCAGAGCUGGCAUAACGAGGACGGUGAUGAGGUAUCUCGAGACGGACUCGCUGCUCUGCUGGGCUCCGCCGCCGGGGAAGCAUGACUUUGUGGAGGGCCAGGAGACUUUGAGAGAGAAGCAAAUGAGAGCCGCAGAAGACAUCGUUGGGUUCCUAAGAAGUCGAGUCUGGCCUGGCGUCGAGAUCGAACCCGUCUUGGACGGUGAAAGCAUCAUGCCCAAGAAACAAAGCGAGGUGACGAGACAGAUUGUGCAGGGCUGGGUCAUGGGGCUGAGCUCUUGGGAGCUUGCCGGGCUGGAACGAGGUGUUCUGGCCGGAAAGGGCCUCCUGGGCGCGGUGCGCCUUGUCGUUGAAUGGAGCGAAGGGCCUGUUGGCGCUGGAGUUGGCGAUGGCGCGAGCGGAGCCGAGAGGAAGUUCGGCGUCGAAGAGGCGGCUAAGGCUGCUAGCUUGGAGGUCGACUGGCAGAUAGGAAACUGGGGUGAGGUUGAGGAUACCCACGAUGUCGAGAAAGAAGACCUUAGACGGCAGUUAGGAAGUGUGGUACUUCUUGUUACUGGCACAGGCAAGGCAUGA